UUCGUCAAAUUUUAAAAACACAAAACCAACAAAAACAUUAAAAAAAAUAUUUACUAUUUAGUUUCUUCUCGAGUCUGAAUAGAAUAAUCAAUUAAAUGUCACAGUAAAAUUAGUAUGGUAUUCGAAAAACACGGAAAACUGAACAAAAUGAAUAUGAGGAACUAAAUUGCAAUAGAAAAUGCAGAGUGCAGUAUUCACUCCUUCAGUUUGAUCGUAGCACAGCUAAAGUUAUCAAGACAGCGUCUGCAAUGAUGGGCGCGCGGGGCUGGUGGCGCGCGGCAGGCGCGGGUGCUGGCGCAGCGCGGCUGGCGGCGGCGCCGGCGCGGCUACAGGCCGCUGCACGAGCGCGCGCGCCCGUCGCCCGCACGCCGCGGCGCGUGCUGGGCGCCGCAGCCGCGGGGCUGGCGCUGCUGGCGGCAGACUACGCAUACAGUGAUAAAAAGUUCUUUAAAGCAGCAAAAAUUGGAAAUGUUGAUGAGCUAAAAAGACAACUGGACGCACUACAGAGCAGCGGCGGCGGGGGGGGCGCGGCGGACCGGCGGCACCCGCUGGGCUGGACCGCGCUCAUGGCGGCGGCCGCCAACGACCGCGCGCCCGCCGUGCGCGAGCUGCUGCGCCGCGGCGCGCGCCCCGACCUGCCCGAGCAGUACGCGGGCGCCGCCGCCGCCGCCGCCGCCGCCGGCCUGCACCCGCUGGAGGCGCUGCAGCGGCGCGAGGACGAGUUCUGCGCCUCCAUGAACGCGCGCGCCUCCUUCCUCGGCUGGACGGCGCUGCACUACGCGGCGCUGGCCGACUCGGCCGACGCCGCGCGCGCGCUGCUGGACGCGGGCGCCGACCCCACGGCGCGCGACCACGCCGGCCGCCGCGCGCUGCACUACGCGCGCGACCCGUCCGCGGUGCGCGCGCUGCUGCUGGAGCGCCUGGCCGCCUGGGAGCGCGCGGCGGCGGAGGCGGCGGCCGAGGAGCGGCGCCGCUUCCCGCUCGAGCAGCGCCUGAAGCGGUUCAUCGUGGGGCAGACGGCGGCCAUCGAGACGGUGGCGGCCGCCGUGCGCCGCAAGGAGAGCGGCUGGGCCGACGAGGAGCACCCGCUCGUGUUCCUGUUCCUGGGCAGCUCGGGCAUCGGCAAGACGGAGCUGGCCAAGCAGCUGGCGCGCUACGUGCACCGCGACGAGCCGGGCGCCUUCAUCCGCCUCGACAUGUCGGAGUACCAGGAAAAGCACGAGGUGGCCAAGCUGAUCGGCGCGCCGCCCGGCUACGUGGGCCACGAGGAGGGCGGGCAGCUGACGCGCGCGCUGGCGCGGCGGGCGGACGCCGUGGUGCUGUUCGACGAGGUGGACAAGGCGCACCCCGACGUGCUCACCGUGCUGCUGCAGCUGUUCGACGAGGGCCGGCUCACGGACGGCAAGGGCAAGCUGAUCGAGUGCAAGAACGCCAUCUUCGUGAUGACGUCGAACCUGGCGGCGGACGAGAUCGCGCAGUACGGGCUGCAGCUGCGGCGCGAGGCCGAGGCGCGCGCGGCGCGGCGGGCGCGGGCCCCGGGCGCGCGGCCCGCCGACGAGCCGCAAGAUCACCCAGACAAGAAGUCUGCUGCGACGGCGGAGGCGGACGCGGAGGCGGGCGCGGAGGAGGCGCUGCAGGUGUCGCGCACGUUCAAGGACUCGGUGGUGCGGCCCAUCCUCAAGCGGCACUUCGGGCGCGACGAGUUCCUCGGCCGCAUCAACGAGAUCGUGUACUUCCUGCCCUUCUCGCGCCAGGAGCUGCUGACGCUGGUGCAGCUGGAGCUGGCGGCCUGGGCGGACAAGGCGCGCGCGCGCCACGGCGUCGAGCUGCGCUGGGAGGGCGGCGUGCUGGGUGCGCUGGCCGACGGCUACGACGUGCACUACGGCGCGCGCUCCAUCAAGCACGAGGUGGAGCGGCAGGUCGUCAACCAGAUCGCGCUGGCUGCUGAGCGCGGCGCCGUGGGCCGCGGGAGCAGCGUGCUGCUGCGCGAGCGCGCCGGCCGCGUGCAGCUGUGCGUGCGCGCGCCCAGCGCCCGCGACUACGCGCCGCUCGACCUGGCGCAGCUGUAGCGUGCGCCGUGCCCGCGGGAGCACGUGCCGCUGCGCGUGGUGUUGGCACAGCUGUAGCUUGCCACUCCUUAUCAUCAUAUUCGUGCACAGGGCCGAGUGCGCAGUGUUCCAACAAAACUAUAAUUGUUAAUGUUAUAUAUUUAGAUCAUUUGUAAAUUACAAUAAGUACUAAAAUUUAUAAAAAAUGUAAUAUAAACGAAUACAGACUAA